GAAAAAUAAUACCUGGUUACCCCUCCCUUGUCUCCCCGCAUCAGAGCUCCGAACCUUGAAAUAUUAUUGCUCAUUACGCAAUUUGCAUUCCGCUCUGCUUAGCUGGUUUCCAACAACAAAUCCAACUCACUACAUUACGAGGCCCGCUGCGAUCCAUCUAAAAAGGGAGAAACUUACGUAUCAUGGCGGAGUCAACCGAUAUACAAUUCCCUUGCGUAUUAACACUCGAAGUGCCAUUUCCAACACCUAGAUUGGCAUCUAUUGCUCUUAGGUCACUGCAGGUCGAUAAAGAGUUGUCCCCUCUGGUUAAACGAACAUUCUCUAUUGGUCAUUCGAGUGAAGACGCCACCAACGGAGAAACCGAAGGCACUGUCUUACGAACCGAAUAUAAGGCUACUACCAACAGAAUGCUUCGAGUAGCUGUCAAUUCCUUCAUGGAUAGCUUAAACCUAGUGAUCGAGGUUAUGCAAGAACUGGAUACAGAUGUAAUAGCAUUAAAUGAUAUUACGGCAUGAAGGGGACUAGAAAAAAUUCACCGUUGCUCAUAAAACUAAAGAGCUCCGCCAUUAUAACAACCACACCUCCGGACCGUUCCGUUUCCGAGGAAUGGAAUGCAAAACUUCAAUAUUCAAGCUAGGAGAAAUAUUAAACAAAAAAAAU